AUGGCCAAACCGACAGCAAUGGCCGUAGACGCCCUUCCGAGGUUCCUGCUUCCUAGACUCAGCUGGACUGGUCCUGCGACAGCAUCCCAAGCCCUACGGCCUGUUUCGGCACUCCCUCCGAGCUCGCGCCGUCGGAUGCACACCCGAACCAGUGCUUUCCACGAUUCGAACUUACCAUCCAGAUGCCGCAGCAAUGGCUUCAAGACCGAGCGCGCCUCGAUGCUGGCGAGCUCGGGCCUCACGAGGUCCUUCCAUGCGACUCCUUCAAGGCAAAGAGACCACCACUUUGAUACCUUGAAGUUCGUCCAGCGGAUGAAGAGCGAGGGCUUCACGGAAGUGCAGGCCGAGGCCACGAUGAAGGUCCUGAACGAUCAGAGCAGCAUACAGAACCUCACCCGAACCAUGGUCCUCCGCGAAGACGCCGCCAAGGCAACCUACACCCAAAAGGUCGACUUUGCCAAGCUGCGCUCCGAACUCCUGUCCGCCGAUAGCACCGAGUCGAGCACGACGCGCGCGUCCCACGAGAAGCUCGGCAACGACAUUGCGAAGCUGAGCUCCCGGCUGCGCGACGAGAUCGGCAGGACGCAGGCCAGUGUCCGCCUGGAUCUGAACCUGGAGAAGGGUCGCAUCCGCGAGGAGGCUGUCGGCCAGGAGCUCAAGAUCAAGGAGACAGAAACAAAGAUUGAGCAGGAGGUGGCGGCGCUGCGCGAGAAGCUUGAGCAGGUCAAGUUCCAGACGCUGCAGUGGCUGAUGGGAGUGUGUACCGGUUUCGCCGCUCUGCUUCUUGGUGCCUGGAGGUUGCUCAUGUAA